CUCCCACAACCUUCCCUUCAACAACACCCCCUUCUCCUCCUCUUCCAUCCUUCCCAGAAACUGCGACAACCAGACAACCAUGGCUGACAUUGAUAUGCCACAAUACCAACAAACCGAGGAAGCUGAGCAGCCCCUCGUACUUCCUAACAUCCUCAACAAACACGCAGAUGUUGUUGGUGGUCUCGUCGAAGCAUAUUUGGACAAGCUGCAUCCAGUGUACGUAUUCAUCUCUCCACCUCGACUCAAUCUGUCAUCCUUUGACAACUAGCUUACCUCAAUUUUAGCAUGCCUUUCUUCCACACCCGAACUCUCAACACAGCAAUGAAAAAUCAGCUUCACAACACCAAUUUCCCUUUCGCUGUUUGCCUCCUCGCAUUAUGCACAUUGGUAGCUUCUCGUAUCAACGAUGGAGCAUUCGCACUCAAAAACUCUCUCGAUCCUAACCUGGCAGUGCUGUUUCUUAGUGUCAGCGAGCAAUACGACCCGCGUGACUUUCGUACGAUUGUUGGGGGAGACAGUUUAUUGAUCAUUGAAUGGAUGCGCGCUUGGGUUCUGCUGGCAUUGUAUGGUUUGCAAAUUGGCAGUUCAUAUGUGGUUCACAAAUAUCUGGGUUACUUCACCACCAUGGUAGCAUGCCAUCGUCUACAUGACGAACGCUAUUGGCCCUCAGUCUGGACACUUGUUGAAAUUGAAAUGGCAAGACGUCUGGUAAGCCCCCAUCAACUUUUGAUGUUUUUUACUUGUCGUCUAACAUUUGUACCAGAUCUGGGGUGCAUACAUGAUCGAGAUACAAUCAUCAGUCGUCUUUGGCUCGAUGCCACGUCUUCGAGGAAGACAAAUGCGCGUCUUUUUGCCAACCCAGGUUCGGAUCGAUGCAAUUAUCGGCGGAAAUGGUUACAGCACAAAAGUCGUGCCUGGCACUCCCCUCUCUUGGCUUAACCCUUGGAAUCGAACGGUUGAGAUCUAUAUCUUGAUGGAAGGGGCCGUAACAAUGAAACAACCCGUCGACCAGGCAGAAAUACAAAAGCUGCAGAAGGAAAUCGAGGCCCUUGAACGUAAAUGCCGAUAUGAGGAUCCUAGCCAUCUCGCUUAUGACACGGAGCUGGCCUACGCAAACUUUUACACGGCCCAAUUUAUGGUAGAUGUCUGGGCCAUGAAGGCCAGUCCACUGCCUGCUAAUAUCACGACUCUUCGGUUUUAUGUUGGAAGACUUCGUAAAAUGUCUACAGUGAGAUCGGCCUGUCUUUUCGCACCAAUUCUACCUCUCAUUGGCGGACUCGGCUCAAUUCUCGCAAAGAUGGUCCAAGGCAGUCACAAAUACACUGUAUGGUGCGAAAUAUCUAACCAAAUGUACGUUGUCAUCCCCUCCGCCCCAAUCAUCAUUGAAAUCUAACAUAUAUAAUAGCAUCAGCCUGGGAGAAAUCAUUGAAAUCCUGCCAAAAUCCAACAAUAGCCCUCUUAUGGGCAAGGCAGAUGCAAUCAAGGUUUUUGGUAGUGAAGCAUACAAGUGGUGCCAUAGCCAGUACUGGUUCCCGUGGAGAAAGCUGCCCGAAGGCAGUUUUGGGCAAAAACUUAAGGAUAAAUUGCCGCUGAACCGUGAUAAAGAUCCGAUUCUUAAAUUGCCGACUAAUAUGACUGAGGGAUUGGUUUGGCCUUUGGAGGUCUGUGAGGGAGCGAGAUUAAAUGAUUUCGAGUUUUAG